AUGAAUCGCGGUGGCAACCCCGCGUCAAACCGCGCCGCGGCGCGCCAGCAUCAUCAGGCGCGGCGCGACGACGACCACCACGAGUCCCCAGCGGCGCCGUCAACGGUCACAAAGCCGGCGCGGCGGCGCGUGGUGAUCUCCGCGGCGGAGGUGCGGCGGCUGAACACACAGGCGGGGCAGUUGCGCGAGGUGUUGGGGAAGAGCAAGGCGGUGAGCGAGGAGAUGAUCACCAUUCUCAACACCUUCGACGCGCGCCUCACCAACCUCGAAACCGCCAUGCGACCCAUCCAGGCGCGCACUCUGGCCUUCCGCAAGGCGCACGCCAACAUCGACGCCACCAUCCGCGCGGUGGAGACGGUGCUGGAUAAGUUCGACAUCCCGCAGCAGGUGGGGGUGGGGGGAGAGAUGGCAGCAGGUGGGGCAACAUGCAUGGUACGCGGCGUGGAGACGGUGCGGGAUCAGUCCGGGCAGAGCAUGCUGGGAUGGUAUGGUAUGCAUGCUGGUGGGCAGGUGGAACAACGGAUCAAAGACGGCCCUCGGCGAGACUUGGAAGCGUACCUAGCAGCGGUGGACAUGCUGCAGGAGGCGCUGCUGUUCUUUGACUCGCACCGCAACUACAAGUCGUCAGAGGGCGCUGCUCUGCAGGCGCGUGGGCUCAUGAAGGAGGCCAUGGGCAUGCUUGAAGCUGACUUCCGCCAGCUGCUCGCCAACAACAGGUGA